CGAUAGUUGGCCGCCAUUUUGCCGCGUCGGGUGCAAACUAGCCGGCAAGAUGGCGGGCUGUGUGUGAUUUUUUUAAAAUAUAUUUUAGUAGGGUUAAAAACUGUGCGGCGCCGUUUUCUCGCGGUUUGUUGAGAAAACCGAGGAUGCUUGUGGAUCUUCUGCGUAUAAGAACACAUUGAUCCAUCUGACGGAGUGUCUUACGAGUGCAGGAUGUCCACCGAGGUUCUCAGGCCUGAACCCGUCGCUGGGGGGAGCAGAAGCAGCGGUGGGAAACUGGGAGUGCUGAUCAAUAAACUCCAUGAAUUUCUGGCAGUGUCUGCAGAGCAGGGCAGUGAAAACAGCCUGCCUGGACACUGGAGUGGUGCAAUGGCCAAAGAAUUUAUUGAGCAGCAGGCAGCAGCACGGGCUGCAGAAGAGCCCAGUAGCUCCUCAGAGAUUAAACAGACCAGAGCACCUCGCUCCAAAAGGAAGCCGUUGGUGGUGACGAAGCACAGUGGACUGAAUGAGUCUGAUGUAUCGUCUGAAAGUGGAACAGAAGACGUCAUGUCCGUCAACUCCAGCGAACCGGACACAACCUGCCUCCCCAAAGGUACAGUUUUUGUGCUGCCGGAGCCUGUGGGUAAUGAAGUCCGUGAUGAGUUCCGUGGGCCGGAGUUCCGCAGUAAACGGGUGAACAAACAGAACAGAGACUUUCUGGAUAGACGUAGAGGAGGGUAUGAUAUGGAGAGAGUGAACUGUACAGCUUGUGGUCAGCAGGUGAACCAUUUCCAGAGAGACUCAGUCUACCAGCACCCAGCUCUGAAAGUGCUCAUUUGCAAGUCCUGUUUUAAGUACUACAUGAGUGACGAUAUCAGUAAAGAUUCGGAGGGGAUGGAUGAGCAGUGCAGGUGGUGUGCUGAGGGGGGCAGUCUAAUUGGCUGUGAUUACUGCAGUAAUGCGUUCUGUAAAAAGUGUGUCCUGCGGAACCUGGGGAGGAGGGAGCUCUCUUCCAUUUUGGAGGAGGAGAGGAAGUGGUACUGUUACGUGUGCAGCCCUGAACCACUCAUGGACCUUGUGUUAGCUUGCGACUCGGUUCUGCAGAACCUUGAGAAGAUGAGCAAACGCUCCUCACAAGCGGCGAUGGGCCGAGGUGUGGGAGGAGGCAGAGGGAGGUCGAGGGGCGGACGCAACGCAGGGGCGGGGCUUCCAGCGGGCAUAGCACCUUCUCAAGGGCUGUGCCAGCGUAUGCAGCGAGUGGUGGAAAUGACUUCAUCGCUGAACCAGUCUUUCACGACCUUCAUAAACAGCGAAAGAGAUGAAGAGGCGAGCGAGGAAGAGGACGUGGAGAGAGCAAGGAGGCUGGUGAUGUUUCGUACCAUACUCCGGGACCUGCGGGAGGCACAGGGCGCAUUACAGGAUGCACUAGAUCGGGAAUUAGGGUCCAAACCAGCAGGAGGGCGCUCGAGGGCGAGGGGUAGACCACGGAAGGGCACAGCAACCAGAGGUGCAGGAGUAACCAAGGAGCUGGUGGUGAAACUUACACCAGUACCAGUGCAAAGUGCCCCCAGUGCUAAUGCUAACACUACCACUAAUGUUGACAUUGCUGCUGCUACAGCUAAGGCAGAGACAAGGGUCACAAGAGGGAUGAAGGAGGAGAAGGUGAAAGGAGCUGAAUUGGAGGUGGAGGAAAGUGUUGCUGUUGGAAUACCAAUAAAACCAGAGGCAAAAGUGGAAGUUGCCACUGAGCAAAGAAGAGAUGUAGCAAUUGUGGAAGAGAAUUCGGAUGAAGAUGAUGAUGACGAUGAAGGUGAUGACGAAGAAGAGGAAAACGAAAGUGAAGAUCUGACGUUAGAAGAAGAGAGCAAGCGCUCUCCCCGUGUGAAGACGACGCCACGGCGUCGCCGUACAGAAUCUGUUACUGGUGCAAAACACGCACAUCUAGAAGAGGAUUCUGAUUCUGACGAAGUUCCUGCUGUGCUCCUGCAGACUACGGCCGGUGCAUCCAGCGAGGAAGAGGGUGCGGCCGACAGCGACGGAGGCAACCAAGAAGUACGAAAGAAAUGCCUGUUCGGCCUAGUCAAAACCACACCGCCUUGCCAAGACAGAAACUCACGCAAACGCAAGCUUAAAGAGAGAUCGUCCUCAUCAUCUUCAACGUCUUCGUCCUCUUCAACUUCUGGUUCUAACGAUUCGGGAUCAAAGGUCGGGAGAACAGUCGGCCACCCCCACAAGAUGGCCAAAACAACAGCUGCUAGCGAGACUUCUUCGAGUGAUCUUGGGGGGCAGGAAUUGGAGAGUGCGCAGAGCAGUGACUCAGAGGAUCAGGACCAGAAGAUUAAACCACUGAGCGAUGUCACGCUGCUUGGAUCAGGGACAUUCCACCAACAGUCAUCUGGUGAUGAGCUAGAUGUCCAGCCUAGUCCGUCUCUGGUCCUGGAAGAAGAUGAUGUUGAGAAUAGAAUUGCUAAGCAGAUUCUGUUGGCUCAGAUCAGAGCCAAUCUUUCAUCUGAGUCCGAAUCCGAGAGCACAACCGAUGAAAGCGGCAACGAGGGUGUGGUGUAUAAGGAUAAAGAAAGGUUGGGCGAAAAUGUUGAUGAAAAGGAUGAGGAGGAGAGCAGCGCCACAGACAACAGCUCAGAUUCUGGCGAUUCAACAUCAGCGCCACGGAGACGACACCAGCUGCUGCGCUAUGGUCUGGACCUGAAGGAGACAAUUUCUGAAGCUCCUAACGAAGAACCUUCCCAUCCAAAGAGGAAUAAGAAGAGAAAAAAUCAGCAACCAGACAUGAUUAUUGUCAGCAGUGAUGACCACGAAUCAACCGAAGAAGAGUUGGAUUUGAGUGAAGAGCUCAGUUAUUCAGAGGAUGAGGAUAAAAGAGGAAAGUCAUCCAAAAAGGCACUUGGUCAGAAAAAGUCGAACACUGAUGGUAAAGAUCGCACACCUACAAAACAGGAUACUGCAGAUGCUGAUGGUGAGGAUGAUGACGUUAUGGUUGCUGAAGAAGUCAGCUGUACUCCGAGAGGUCGCAGAAAGAUUCGGAAGAUUCUGGAGGUGGACGAGCUGGCGAAGGAGACGCAGGAGGCACUGAAAGAAGAAGAGGAGAGGAGGAAGAGACUGGCGGAGAGAGACAGGCAGAGACAAGAGGAGGAGAGAAGAGAACGAGAAAAAGAAGAUUCAGAGGUGAUGAUAGUGGAUGAAAGACCUGCCCCAUCUCCUCUGGUUUUAGAGCAGGAUGCUACGACACGCCAGCCUCUUUUACAGGUGGACACACACCUGCUUAGUAAAUUAAAACCUCAUCAGAGAGUAGGUGUUCAGUUUAUGUGGGACAGCUGCUGUGAGUCGAUUACGAAGGUAAAGGAGUCUCCAGGUUCCGGAUGCAUUCUUGCUCAUUGCAUGGGCCUGGGAAAAACACUACAGGUGAUAGCAUUUCUGCACACUGUGUUGUCCUCUGAGCUGGUGCAGCUGAAGACGGCACUGGUGGUGUGUCCUCUAAACACAGUCCUCAACUGGAAAGCAGAAUUUGACAAGUGGCAGUGCGGUAUUAAAACACGCAAACUGGAGGUGAUUGAGCUUGUGUCAGUGAAGUCAGCACUGUGUCGCGUGGAGGCAUUAAGCAGCUGGCAUCAGAAAGUUGCUGUGAUGAUCAUAAGCUAUGAAAUGUACCGCAUCUUGACCAAUGGAAAAAAAUCCAAAUAUGCCAAACACCAUCAAAGGCUACGAACAGCACUACAGAACCCAGGCCCUGAUAUAGUGGUGUGUGAUGAAGGUCACAUCCUGAGGAAUGAAACAACGGGCAUUUUUAAAGCCAUGAGCUCCAUCCGCACACGCCGGAGAAUCGUGCUGACAGGAACCCCCCUGCAGAACAACCUCACAGAGUAUCACUGUAUGGUGAAUUUUAUAAAGGAGAACCUGCUGGGUUCUCAGCGCGAGUUCAGGAACCGCUUUAUUAACCCCAUUCAGAACGGCCAGUGUGCUGACUCCACUCCCUCUGACGUCCGGCUGAUGAAGAAACUGGUCCAUGUCCUCCACGAACUCCUCGCUGGAUGUGUUCAGAGGCGGGACUAUUCUGUACUAACUCCUUUCCUGCCCCCAAAACAAGAGUACGUCCUGUCAAUCAGGAUGACAUCAUUACAGUGUGAACUGUACAGACACUACCUACAGAACUACACAGGUGAAGGAGAUGGUGUGAGCAGGUUAUUUCAGGAUUUUCAGAUUUUAAGUUUGAUUUGGACUCACCCGUGGUGCUUACAGCUAUCUGACCUUAAUAAAGGGAACAAGGGAAGGGUUGAGGAUUCUACUCCUGUUGCUACUGUGGCUUCCAGUGAGCUGUCGGAUGGACAGAACCACAGUGGACGUGCUUUAGAGGAGAAGACCAGCACUAGUUCUACAAAAGGAGACUCAGUGACAAAUGCACAGGGACACUCAGUAGAAGACGGACGGAGUGUGUCUAAUGGGCCGGCGGCAGGCUGGUAUAAGAAGUUUGUGAGUGCCACUGAUGCUGAAAUUCUGGAGCAUUCUGGGAAGUUAGUACUACUAAUGGAGAUACUGCACAUGGCUGAACAGCUACAGGAAAAAGUGUUGGUGUUUAGUCAGUCUCUAGUUUCACUGGAUUUGAUUGAAAGCUUCCUUGAGUUGGCUAACAAGGCAAAGAGAGAGAGAAAGGAUUCUGUAUAUAAAGGAAACAGAAUUUGGGUGCGAGAUACAGAUUAUUAUCGGUUGGACGGCUCUACGAGUGCAACAGCACGCAAAAAAUGGGCUCAGGAGUUCAACAAAAUCAGAAACAAACGUGGGAGAUUAUUCCUGAUCUCUACUAAAGCCGGCUCAUUAGGUAUUAAUCUGGUAGCUGCUAACAGGGUUGUGGUGUUUGAUGCCUCCUGGAAUCCUACGUACGACAUUCAGAGUAUCUUCAGGGUCUACCGCUUCGGCCAGAGAAAACCAGUUUACGUCUACCGUUUUCUGGCACAGGGUACGAUGGAGCAGAAGAUUUACGAGCGUCAGGUUGCUAAGCAGUCUCUGUCGUCCCGUGUUGUGGACCAACAGCAAAUUCAGCGACACUUUACUCAGAGUCAGCUCAGUGAACUCUACCGAUUCUGGCCCGACCAGCACAGCAAUACACACAGCAGCCAGCCCAAGGACAAAGUGCUGGCAGUGCUGUUGCAGCAGUGUGGGCGGAGCAUAGUAAGCUUUCAUGAACAUGAUUCACUGUUAGACCACAGAGAGGAGGAGGAGCUUAGCGUGGAGGAGAGAAGGGCAGCCUGGGAGGAGUAUCAAGCAGAGGAGACGCCUGUGAGGACAUUGCAGAGACAAGACGCUGGAGAACGAGCUUUAGCCAACAUCCUCUGGAAGAAAAGCAACAAGGAACUGGAGCCUGUGAGGACAUUGCAGAGACAAGGCGCUGGAGAACGAGCUUUAGCCAACAUCCUCUGGAAGAAAAGCAACAAGGAACUGGAGGAUAUGCUGAAGAAAUCCCGAUUGGAACUUCAAAAGGCUCUAAAAGGCAUUGAGUCACGAAGUCUGGACCUCUAUGUGUGUGAAGUGAAAAAAUGUAACCCGUCUUUGAGUGUGGAGGAGAUACAACAGAAGGCUCUCCAGGCUUACGAGAUGUUUGAAAGACAGAGACAACGCAAGAUUGAGAUUUACCAAAGCAAACUACAAUCACAACAAGCACUCAUUCUCUACACACAGCAGAUCGUGGCUGCCAGAAUGAAAACCAGCUCAAACUACACCAGCAGAGAUCAACCUACCACACUGGUCACUUACAGCAGAAAGGCUAGUAGUGUCCAUCCCACUCAUCCUCCUCAAGACCAGGAAUACCACUCCUACAGCUCACUUGGGCAGCCAAUUAACAAGCCUUCUGUACAACCGAGUUCUUCAGUUCAGCCCAGUCCAGCCGGUUCUUCAGCUCCAGUGCAGCCAGGUCCUUCCAGCCUUUCCUCUGCGGUCAGAAACAUUAGGGAUGACUUUGUGAUUGAGCUGGUGUAGCUUGGGUGUAAUAUCUGAGAGCUGUAAAGCUUCAGGGUAUUAAACAGCGGUCGAGUUUCUGUUUGUAUUUAAAGCAACAACAAAAAAAAAUCACUGAUUGCAGAUUUUGUGAUUGUACUUUUAGUUGUUUCAGUUCAAAAUCCUACAAAAAAUGAUGGGGCAGAAUGGAUAAUCCAUGUGCGUUUUUUUUAAUGGGGGGUGUAGUUGGCGGAGUGGAACCAGCUGCUUUCAGAAAACACUCUGUAUUACGUUGCAGUUUGUCUUGAACUGUGCUGCUGUGUACGGUUAUGUUCAGACUGCAGUCAAAUCAGGUUGGUUUCUCAUGGCAGAUCUGUUGAGAUUACGGACUGUAUGCAUUCAUGGGUUGCUAUGAUGGGUUGCUGGUGUCAGUAACUAACUUUUGUUGCUCAUCCUGGACCCCCACACUUUUAUCCAGACGCUUUUGUACAAAUCUGAUUGUAAUCACAUUUCGGGCCACCUCCAAAUGUGGUCUGGAGCCCAUCUAGAUCCUAGAUUUCUAAAUGACAGUCUGAAAAUAGCCUUUUUGUAUUUUAUAACAAAUAUAUUCUUCUGAAGUGAUUUUGUUAUUUGUCUACCUCAAAACUCAGAACCCUGAAGUAUGGAAACUUGAAUGUAGAACUUGUAUACUGGCUUUCACACAGAGUUUUGAGGUUGAUAUUUAAAAUGUCAAAAUAUUUGGCUUAAGAUUAUGGAAAAGUUUAUUUUCUUUAACAUUGCUCUUGGUGAAAUGUUUACAAUAUGCUAAAUGUAACAAUAAUGUAACAAUAUAUGUUUGUAAUUGUGUAUAAGUCUCAGUUAGAGCUACUGAGCAGGACACAUUGGGUGGUUUCAUUUUUUUUUUUUUUUUGUACCUGUGUGACACUAAUAA